UGCGUAAUUGAGCCCCUCUAGGAGGUUCCCAGUAUAUAUAUUCCUAUAGUCUUGCUGAAUUCAUCAGCCCCUAAUUUGACCCCUUUGAAAAAGGUUUAUGAGAAGUAAUCAGGCUUGAGUAAGACAGGGGCUGCAAUCGAUCGUUGAGUAUCAUAUUGUCCUGCAACAAAAACUCUGGUACUUUGUGAACCUUCUGAAGUUGUACUGUCAUUUGGAUAGCUGGCUCUUGAAAACUAAGUUCGGAAAACAGGUAUGGAAAGUGGAGAUGAAGCUAGACAUAGAAGGCUAUUGCGACGUUUCAUUCUCAUACAAAGGAGAAAUAGAGCCAGAAACAAUAACCCAACCCAUGUCAUGGUCACAGAUUCUCGGCCAAGGCAUCUGCCAGUGAUUUGGCCACAGCACCCAAUGCCGUCAAUGAUGAAUGCAGUACAAAGAGUAGGUAUGGAUAAUGGAGAUGAAGCUAAGCAUAGAAGGCUCUUGCGACGCUUCAUUCUCAUACAAAGGAGAAAUAGAGCCAGAAACAAUAACCCAACCCAUGUCAGGGUCACAGAUUCUCGGCCAAGGCAUCUGCCAGUGAUUUGGCCACAACACCCAGUGGCGUCAAUGAUGAAUGCAGUAGAAAGAGCUCACCGCUCACUUACAUCAAGAGGAGAAACAAGUGCACCAAACAAUAAUGUUAUUGGUUCUGGUACACCUUCAAGACGACGUAGAAGGAGUGAGAAUAGAGAGUCUACCUCAUCUUUGCGGCGUAGACUAAAUUCUUCAUUACCACCUGAUGGUUCAAUGACUCCUACUACUGAAACUGAUAUCCAAAACACCAGAUCUCCUCAACCCAACUUGACCAGAGGUAACUUAAUUCUACUACAGCAAGUUAUACACUAUUCAACCUAUGAAUAUUAA